AUGUUGCCGUUUGAUGUACACAUUCUAGUUUUCUUCGUACACCUGUUUGUGUCCAAAGUAUCGAGUGACAUCGGCAAGCUCAAAUCUGACGACACGGGAUAUUGCUUGAAAUCGACUAAAAAAGAUCUGGGGUCAUCAUGCUCGGCGAAAAAUCUCGAGUACCCGGUAUCCGUGAAUGAACUUGAUCUUUUGAAACAAAACGGUCUUAGCAUAAAAACUCAAUCGUGCCCAUCAAAUCCAUCGGCGACUUGCGUUAGUACCGAUCGCCAGUCAUUAAUCGGUGCUGGUACCUAUGGUUUAGUUGUACGAGGUCGAUCAAAAACCGUUAGUUUCCCGUUAGCAAUGAAGUUCAUCAAACUACCGACGAAACUCGAUCUUGUUUCAUUCAAUGUUGCCGGACGUUAUAAUCGUAUCGACUUAAAAUCGUUAAUUGAAAACAAAGGAAGCGAACAGAGUUUACGCGAAGCUGUUGCACUUCGUCUCCUCACCGAAUACGAAGUUCCUCUCAUUCCCAAAUAUGUCUCGUACCUCGAAACAUCUUCUUAUAGGAUUCUUGCUAUGGAAUAUCUCGACGGUUAUGAAGAAUUAUCGAAAAUCAUCGAUCAAUUAUCUUCAAAAGAUCUUCUAUUCAUAUCUUGUCAAACUGCGGCUAUUGUUUGCAACCUCGACCAAAUCGGCGUCUCGCAUGAUGAUAUGCAUGAACGAAAUAUCCUCGUCGAUCGUCGAAAUAAGAAUAAAGUCAAUCUGAUUGAUUUUGGCGGCGCACAUUUCAGUCUUAAACAUGACCAUUUCACCAGUACGAGUAAUUUUUUCAAACAACCAAUCAAUCUCUUAGGCCAUUUGAAACGUCUGAUGAAAGAUGACCUGAUUGACAAAAUUCAAUCGCAUGAGAGGAAAGAACUCGGCAGAUUUUGCUCGAUGAUGGGGAAAAUGGUAACGAGUAAGAGUGAAAAAUACAAAGAAGAAGUUCCUUAUGAUUAUCGAGUCUUAUUUGAAAAGUAUUGGAAGUUUAGUCAAACAAACAAGAAGAUUUUCAAAUGUAUUUCAUAA